AUGGAUGAUGAUGAUUCAUUGAGUAAAAGACAGAAGGUUGAUGGAUUAAAUCAAAUUGAUGGCAAACAUCCUACCGUCGACUUGGAUCAAGGUGAAAACUUGUCUCUUCCCACAACAUCAUCAUCUCAAAACACCUUUGCCCAUGCUAAGACCCCCAGGAAAUUAGUUGUAGGGAAUGGUGAUAAUCGUUAUGCCCACUCAUCACAAUCAAUAUCUUCAUCUUCUUUGCAAGUGCCCCCAUUACAACCACCUGCAACUUCGUCCAGAGGAAGAGGAUCAAAAACUUACUCACAAUCACCACCUAGAUCUCCUGGUAGAUCACCUACAAGGAAAUUGGAACUAAUACAAAUUUCUCCUUUAAAGAAUAGUCGAUUAGAACUUCAGAAGAUUUAUGAUGCUCAACAAAAUCAAGCUAGACACACAAGGCUUUGUAUCGAUCAAUUGAUCUUACAAGAUUUCAAAUCAUAUGCAGGCCGUCAAGUUGUUGGCCCUUUUAACACCAGUUUUUCGGCAGUGGUAGGGCCCAAUGGUUCUGGUAAAUCUAAUGUCAUCGAUUCCAUGUUAUUUGUAUUUGGAUUUCGUGCUAACAAAAUGAGACAGGAUAGACUAUCAGAUUUAAUUCACAAGUCUGAGGAAUACCCGUCGUUGCCAUCAUGUUCAGUAGAAGUUCAUUUUAAAUACGUGAUAGAUGAACCUUCUGGUGAAACGAGGAUCGAUGAAGAGAAACCGAAUUUAGUCGUUACGAGAAAGGCAUUUAGAAACAACACUUCUAAAUACUAUGUCAAUGACCAAGAGACAAAUUAUGGUGAAGUGACAAAACUUUUGAAAAAGGAAGGGGUAGAUUUGGAUCAUAAAAGAUUUUUGAUUCUACAAGGUGAAGUGGAAAAUAUCGCACAGAUGAAGUCUAAGGCUGAAAGGGAAGGCGAAGAUGGAUUAUUAGAAUAUUUGGAAGAUAUUAUUGGUACCGCUAAAUAUAAACCUUUAAUCGAAAAAAAUUUAGCUGAUAUGGAAUCGCUCAAUGAUAUUUGCAUUGAAAAGGAAAAUAGAUUCCAAAUUGUUGAUCGUGAAAAGAAUUCGCUGGAGAACGGUAAGGAAGAGGCAUUGUUGUUUUUAGAGAAUGAAAGAAAAUUGACGGUAUCCAAAUCAAAACUGUAUCAAUAUCACAUUUUAAACAGUAAUAUGAAACUGAAAAACACAUUGGAUAAAAUUACCAAUUUAAACCAAAAAUUAGAAAAGGAAAGUGAUAAAAAUGCUUCAGUGAAAAAGGAAUUGGACAAGUUGAGAGCAUUUGGGGAUGAACUGGAAAGUAAAUUAAAGAACUGCAACAAUGAGGAAAAACAACUGCUAGGUAAGAAGAGAGAACUAGAUGGCAAAAAUGUUCUAAAUGAGGAGAAGAUUAAAAAUUUCGAAAAGAAAAGAGAUAAAGCUGAAAAGACUUUGUCUUCAAUGGACCGUUCCAUAUCUAGUUCAGAGGCUAGAUUAUCAGAGCUCAAACAACUCCAAGUGGAUUACGAGAAUUCUUUGAAAGAGCUUAACGAACAAACAGAGGUCGAAAAGAUGAAAUUAGAAAAGAUUAAAUUUUCUCUAAAGGAUAAGACAAAUGGUAUCUCUUUAGAAAUUGCACAGCUGGAAAAGGAAUUGGAACCCUGGAAUGCACAGUUACAAGAGAAAAAAACCCAAAUUCAACUUGCAGAGUCUCAAAUAUCUUUAAUUAAGGAAGCCGAGGCCAAACUAGCUCAAGAAAUCGAUCAGUUCAAGCAAGAGAUAGAGACUCGAAAGCAACAGAUUCUUCAAGGUUCUAAAGAACUAGAUUCCUUACACUCUCAACAUAAAUCAGUUAAAGAAGAAAUUUCCACAGGGGAAAAAGAGUGCUUGAAUGCAAGAAUCCGUUUGAAAGAAAUGCAAAAUAUUUUAAAUACUCAAAGGCAAAAGGCCCUUGACGCUCGUUCUGCUCUUUCCAAUGCUGAAAACAAAAGUAAAGUCCUAACAGCACUAUCGAGACUGCAAAAAUCGGGUCGUAUCAGCGGCUUUCAUGGGAGAUUGGGGGAUCUGGGAGUAAUAGAUGAGAAAUAUGAUGUCGCAAUUUCAACUGCCUGCCCCCGUUUGGAAGAUAUUGUUGUCGAAACCGUAGAAUGUGGGCAACAAUGUAUUGAAUAUCUACGUAAGAAUAAAUUGGGGUACGCAAGAUUCAUACUGUUGGAUAAGCUUCGAAAAUUUAACUUGGACAGCAUCAAUACACCAGAAUCAGUCCCCAGGCUGUUCGACUUGAUUCAUCCCAAAGAUCCAAAAUUUUCCUCUGCCUUCUUCAGUGUUUUGGGAAAUACAUUAGUUGCGAAUGAUCUAAAGCAAGCCAAUAGGGUUGCAUAUGGUAAAAAAAGGUUUAGAGUUGUUACCCUCGAUGGGAAUUUGAUAGACAUUUCAGGUACUAUGAGUGGAGGUGGUAGUCGCGUUUCUCGUGGACUUAUGCAAAUUAAUCGUAACAAAACUGAAGAUAUUGAAAUUUAUAGCUCAGAGGAAGUUGCUCAACUUGAAGUUAAUUUGGUAGAAAGAGAAAAGAACUUUCAAGUGGCAAGCGAUACCAUCUAUCAGAUGGAAGAACAAUUGAAAGAUUUAAAAGAGAAGGAACCUGCUAUCGAAAAUAACAUUUCUCAAUUAACAAUGGAAAUAGAAUCUUGGAACAGUGAAAUCAAGAUCAAAGAAAUACAGAUGCUUGAGAGCGAGAGGGCAUAUUCAGCUACUCAGGAUAAUAAUGUAGAAUUGAGAGAAACCAUUCAACAUGUCCAGUCAUUGAAAGAUGAAUUCAAGUCAAUUCAAAACCAAACCAAAAGCAAAAAACAUCGAAUAGAAACCCUCAAAAAUGAGAUUAUGGAGAUAGGAGGUGCUGAAUUGAAAAUCCAAAGCUCUAAAGUAGAUUCUGUGAUCCAGAGAAUUGAUAUCGUCGUUUCUAAACAGAAGAAAGAAAGAUCUGUUAUUAAGAAAACUGAAAAUGAAAUAAACAAAUCACACAAAAUGAAGCUUGAGACAAGCAGAGAUUUAGAAAAUUUUAAUCAGGAAAUUCAGACUCUAAAAACCACAAUCGAAGGCCUACAGGAUUCCUUAAAUAAAGUACAUGAAUCCGUAACAUCUGUCCAGCAUACCAAAGAGGGUUUAAUCGAAGAAUCAAGAACUUUGGAAGAUAAAUUAAAUGAUAUAAACGAGGAUAUUGCAAUCUUCAAGUCCUUUGAAAUGGAAAUGAAGAAUGAAUUGGAAAAGCUGAACUCUCUGUCCUUUCACCUCAAAAAAGAAAUUAAGCAUUACGAAGAGAAACUAGGUGACUUAAAGAUUAGGGAUGUAACCCAAAUCCUUCAUGAUUUGAAAGACGAAUCUAAUAAUGCAUCAGAUCCCUCCGAGAAUCCAGUUUCUGAUGUUGAAGAAUCUGAAUCAUCUGUUGGAGAAGGAAAAGACGAAAACAAAGAUUUGGAUGCACAGGACCAAGUUCAAGAUGCUGAAAAACAAGGGGAUAAUCAAAUGGAUGUGGAAGACGGUGGGGAAUAUUCUGACAGAGGUCUAACACAAUUUUCUGAGGACGAACUUCAUGAAAUUGAAAUUGAAGAAUUAGAAAAAGAAAUUGAAGAUUUACAGAAUUUCCUUGAUGCUUCCAAUGCCGAUAUUGACGUCUUGGAGGAGUAUGCAAGAAGAUUGAUAGAAUUCAAAAGCAGAAGACUAGACUUGAAUCAAGCGGUUGAAGAACGAAAUAAGGUCAAGGAAAAGUUAGAUGAGUUGAAGAAAAAGAGAUUUGAUGAAUUUAUGCAAGGCUUUGGAAUUAUUUCAAUGACAUUGAAGGAGAUGUAUCAAAUGAUUACGAUGGGGGGGAACGCUGAACUAGAAUUAGUGGAUACACUUGAUCCUUUUUCUGAGGGUGUAACGUUUAGUGUUAUGCCGCCAAAAAAAAGUUGGAGAAACAUUACGAACUUGUCUGGUGGUGAGAAAACAUUAAGCUCGUUGGCUUUAGUGUUUGCACUACACAAGUAUAAGCCAACGCCCUUAUAUGUGAUGGAUGAGAUUGAUGCAGCCUUGGAUUUCAGAAAUGUUUCAAUUGUGGCAAACUAUAUCAAAGAACGUACGAAGAAUGCUCAAUUUAUCGUCAUAUCAUUGAGGAACAACAUGUUUGAACUUGCUCAACAGUUAGUCGGAAUCUACAAAAGAGAUAACAAGACAAAGAGCGCCACAAUAAAAAACAUAGACUUCGUAAGUGUAUCUUGA